GUGUGCAUGAUUUUUAAUGCUGGGGAGCUGAGUCUGGUCGAGUACAACAACAACGACAUCCUGGGAUCAGUCAGAACAGAAUUCAUGAACCCUCAUCUCAUCAGUGUCCGAAUAAACGAGAGGAAGCAGAAAGGAGUGGAGGACAACAAGAAGCUGGCUUAUCUGAUCGACUUAAAAACCAUUGCUAUCGUGGACCUGGCCGGAGGCUACAAUCUGGGAACCAUCAGCCACGACUCAAAGAUUGACUGGCUGGAGCUUAAUGAAACCGGACGCAAACUGUUGUUCAGGGACAAGAAGCUGCAGCUCCAUCUGUACGACAUAGAGUCCGGUCUUAAGACCACUGUGCUGGGUUUCUGCCCGUACGUCCAGUGGGUGCCGGGCAGUGACGUGGUGGUCGCACAGAACCGGGGGAACCUUUGCAUCUGGUACAACAUCGACAGCCCCAAGAGCAUCACCAUGUUCCCCAUCAAGGGGGACAUCGUGGAUCUAGAGAGAGUGGACGGAAAGACGGACGUGAUCGUGACGGAGGGCGUCAACACGGUGUCGUACACGCUGGACGAAGGCCUCAUUGAAUUUGAUACGGCUGUUGAUGAUGGAGACUAUGACAGAGCCAGAGCAUUCCUGGAGACUCUGGAGAUGUCACCAGAGACUGAAGUCAUGUGGAGGAAGCUCAGCAGGCUGGCUCUCAAUGCACGGCAGCUACACAUCGCAGAGAGGUGUUUUGCUGCAUUGGGCGACGUCUCCACUCUUCGUUUCCUGCACCAAACAAACCAGAUUGCGGACAAGGUGUCCAGUGAACUGGACGGAGAUGGGACAUCGUUCUACCAGGUCCAGGCCCACAUGGCCAUGCUGGAAAAAGACUUUGAACUGGCGGAGGGACACUACACGGAGCAGAAUGCCGUGGAUGAAGCCAUAGAGAUGUACCAGGAGCUCCACAUGUGGGACGACUGCAUUGCUGUGGCUAAAGCGAAGGGUCAUCCGGAGCUGGACACGUUGCGUGGGAACUAUUACCAGUGGUUGACGGAGACGGGUCAGGACGAGAAGGCCGGCGAGCUGAAGGAGAGUCAGGGGGACAUCCAGGGGGCCAUCAAUCUCUACAUGAAGGCCGGGCUCCCGGCUAAAGCUGCUCGCCUCGCCAUCAGCCAGCCGGAGGUCAGCAACGACACCGGCAGUCGCAUCGCUGCCGGUCUGAUCAGAGGAGACUUUCAUGAGAGGGCAGGAGAUUUGUUUGAGAAGAUCGGGAACAACCAGAGAGCCUUGGAGUGCUACUGCAAAGGAGGCGCCUUCAGAAAAGCGGUGGAGCUGGCUCGUGUCGCCUUCCCUGCCAAGGUGGUGAAACUGGAGGAGGACUGGGGGGACUGCCUGGUCCAGCAGAAACAGAUGGACGCCGCCAUCAACCACUUCAUUGAAGCCGGCUGCUCCCUGAAAGCCAUCGAGGCGGCCAUCACAGCUCGUCAGUGGAAGAAAGCGCUCUACAUCCUGGAGCAACAGGAGGAUUCAUCGGUGGGGAAGUACUACGUGAAGAUCGCUCAGUACUACGCCUCCAUAAAAGAAUACGAGGUUGCGGAACAACUGCUCGUGAAAGGAGGUCAGAUAAAAGAGGCCGUAGAUAUGUACACCACAGCGGGACGCUGGGAGGAGGCUCACAAGUUGGCAGUGAAGUGUAUGACCGAGGAGGAAGUGGUGGCUCAGUACGUGAGCAGAGCUCAGGAGCUGGAGGGAGACGGGAAGUUCAAAGAGGCCGAGCGGCUGUUUACCACUGUGAAUCAGCCUGACCUCGCCAUCACCAUGUACAAGAAGAGCCGCAUGUUUGAUGAUGUGAUUCGCAUGGUGGCCAAACAUCACCCCCAGCUGCUGAGUGAGACCCACCUCCACCUGGCCAAGGAGUUUGAGGCCGAGUCCUGGUUCUCAGAGGCCGAGCACCACUUCCUGGAGGGUCAAGACCUGAAAGCUGCCGUCAACAUGUACAGAGUCAACGACAUGUGGGAGGACGCCUACAGGGUGGCGAAGACUCACGGAGGCGCUGGAGUCCAGAAGCAGGUGGCGUACCUGUGGGCCCGGAACAUGGGAGGAGAGGCGGCCGUCAAACUGCUCAACAAGUUCGGCCUCCUGGAGAACGCCAUCGAUACUGCGUUGAAUAACUUCUCAUUUGACUUUGCCUUCGACUUGGCCCGACUUUCAUGUAAAGAGAAGAUUCCUGAGAUCCACCUCAAACACGGCAUGUACCUGGAAGACGAGGGAAAGUUUCCUGAAGCCGAGAUUGAGUUCAUCAAAGCAGGAAAACCAAAGGAAGCUGUGUCCAUGUACGUCCACAACAAGGACUGGGCCAGCGCGCAGCGUGUGGCCGAGGGCUACGAUCAAAAGAGCGUGUCUGAGAUUCUGGUCGGCCAAGCCAAGUUCUGCUUUGAACAGAAAGACUUCCAGAAGGCUGAAGCCUCCCUGCUCCGAGCCCAGAGACCCGAACUGGUUGUCAACUAUUACAAGGAUGCAGAUAUGUGGAGCGAUGCCAUGCGCAUCUGUAAGGAGUAUCUCCCCUUCAAGCUCUCCGCGCUCCAAGAGGAGUACGAGAGGGAGUCCUCCAAAAAAGGAGUCCGGGGGGUGGAGAGUCUGCUGGAACAGGCCAGAGAGUGGGAGCAGUCGGGUGAACACUCCCGGGCCGUGGAGUGUUACUUGAAGGUGAAGGACGACUCG